CAAGCUCAGCUCAGCGAGGACCAGCAGCUAGCUAACCAACUGCCCCGUCUCCCUAUAAAUUAGGGACCCCCUCCCCUCCUGCUUCCCAUCGCCACACUUCAGCUCAGAGUCGCCCUAGUGUUCUGCAGGCAGCUACCGAGAGCUCGAUCGGAUCGUGCACAGCCGAAGCCUCCUGCGCUCAGCUUGUUCGCUUGGCUGCACUUGGUCGUCGUGUCGAUCACCGGCCGCUCAGCCGCCUCGAAGAUCCCCGAUCGUCUCCGCCGCAUUAUCCAUCUCUCUACGACGACGAUGUCGAGCAGGAGGUCCCGCGCGUCGGUCUCGGAGGAGGAGAUCAACGAGCUCAUCGCGAGGCUCCAGACGCUGCUCCCCAGCGCGCGCCGCCGUGGCGGCAGCCAGGCGUCGACGACGAAGCUGCUCAAGGAGACGUGCAGCUACAUCAAGAGCCUGCACCGGGAGGUGGACGACCUGAGCGACCGCCUCUCCGACCUCAUGGCCACCAUGGACCACAACAGCCCCGGCGCCGAGAUCAUCCGCAGCCUCCUCCGCUAGCGAUCGAGCUGACGGCCACGGCCGGCCAUGGCGAUGGGUCCAUCCAUCACCAGGACGGCCUCGGCCUAGCUUAGCUAGCUCUCAGCGGAGCUGAGUGUACCAUAUUCUUCCCCGCCCAGCAGCAGCUGCCUAAGGACGGCACGACGGAGUCUGGUUUAAUUGGUAGUAGAAGUUGGAGUACUUCGGUAGGGCAUUAGCCAUUAGCUAGGGCCGCCUAAGUAUGGUUCCUUUCUCCCUUCCAUUUCGCCGCUCUUUGUUGUUUGUUUUUUUGCUAGUGGCUCCUCCAAUUUGUUUGUA